AAACAGUCCCCCCACAUUUAACUGUGACAGACAGUUUCAGCAGCGUUAUGAUGUCUUCACUACAUGAAAAGCCCGGCCUGCACCACAGCCUGUCAGAGUGGAACAGCAACAAUCAGCAGCUGUCUGCCACAGCCCGACAUGAGCGACAUAUUUCUAAUGUGCUCAGACAGGAAGGCAGGACACUACGCAAUGAGACCAGCUGUAAGACAAUGUGGGAUGAGAGCGAUACCUCUCGUAGGCUCAGUGACCGAGUUUGGGAUGUUGCUCGGCGGAAGGAGGCGCUGGAAAUCUGCGCUCAGAAAGUGGAUGAGGAGAUGGAGGCUCUGACGCUGUUCAAAGAGCGGACUGAGCAGGCCUUGGCUGCGACUGCCGUUCCUCUGGAGGUCACCACCGAAUGCCUGACACUGAGGGAGGGACGGAGAGGUCACGAGCUGGUCACCGACCUCGUGGACGUACAGCUGAAAAAAGAAGUGGAGCUGAUCAAAAGAGUGCAACAAGUUCUGCAGCAGCACAUUGAAAAGGCCUUUGAGCAGCUUUGUAUUCUGCAGGAGGCUCGACACCAGCUGACUGCUGACCUCCAGAACAAGAUGGAAACUCUGGAUAUUGACAUGUCCUGUCUGUCACUUACAAUAAAAUCACCUCACAUCUCCCUAAAGACCAACCCUACUCGCAUACCAUCAGGUUCCUCCACCCUUCAAGAGUGGGUCCAGUUCAGCCAGUAUAAUGUGGCUCGUGCCCAGGAGGCGAUGCAGGUUUCCCAGCAAAUAAGGGAGGAUAAGAGCCUCUCCAGAGCACAGCUGCAGAAUGAGCUGCAGACCCAACGCAGGGCCACAGAGUUUGCUCUCCGCAAACGUAGUCACCAUGAAGAGCAGGCCCGAGAUGAGCUGGAGUGGCAAAUAAAAGCUACUGAGGAGGAAAUGGCGGAGAUGGAAAGUGACAUCCACGGGUUAGAUGCAGAUCUGCAGGCGAAGACAGCCAGCCUGAAGCUGGCUCACACCAGACUGGAGACCAGGACCAACAGGCCCGGCAUGGACCUAUGCAGAGAUGAGGUGCAGCACGGCCUCGUUAGUGAAGUCCAGCAGCUGGAGGCCACGAUCACGGCUCUGCAGCAGAAGCUCUCUGAGGCUCAGCACUCUCUGCAGAAAAUGAAGCUGCAUCAUUCCCGCAUGCUGCAGGAUCUUUCCAGAAAACAGGAAGCUCUGUCUCUGGAACAGCGAAGCAUGAACACCCGCGCCCGCCUCGGGUCAGCCUCCGGCACCGAUAAUAAAAACCCGGUGCUGAUGGUCCCGCUCGCAAACUCCAGCGGGAGGAGCAACCUGCAGCUGCUGGCUCAGUGAGAACACGGUCUGAAUAUUUUUGAGGGAAAGAAAUCUAAUUCUGAGGAUGAUUCGAUUAUUUUAAUUUGUUUAACCUGCAGCCAUAAAAAAGUAAUGGACAUGAUACAAAAUACUCUACCCACACCCUCAGUUACAUUUAAAGUCUGAUCACUGUUCCCUUCACAAAGUACACAAUUAGUCCUGAAGAAGAAAA